UCGCCAGCGGCCGCCGCGCCGCCAUGUUCACCAGCACCGGCUCCAACGGGCUCUAUAAAGCACCUUUGUCGAAGAGUCUUUUGCUAGUCCCAAGUGCCAUCUCAGUUCUAUUGACUCUACUCUUCCAACAUUAUCAGAAGUUCUUUGCAUAUAACCUACAAGCUAUAAAGGAGGAUUUUCAGAUUUGGAGACUUCUAUGUGGGAGAACAGUAUGCCUUGAUCUGAAAGACACAUUCUGCAGCAGUCUGCUCAUUUAUAACUUUAGAAUAUUUGAAAGAAGAUAUGGCAGCAGAAAAUUUUCAUCAUUUUUGCUGGGUGCCUGGAUGCUCUCAGCUCUGUUUGACCUUCUCCUUGUGGAACUUGCUCAGUAUAUACUUGGCUUCACCAUCAACAGCUUGCCUUCUGGUUUUUUGGGUCCUGUGUUUGCUUUGUUUGUACCGUUUUACUGCUCCAUUCCAAGAGUGCAGGUGACACAAGUAUUAGGCUACUUUUCUAUCACAAACAAGACACUGGUCUAUAUCCUGGGUUUACAGCUCUUAACCUCUGGUUCCUACAUCUGGAUUUUAGCCUUAAGUGGAUUGAUUUCGGGGAUUUGCUACAAUAGUAGUAUAUUAAAAGUUCAUCAAAUUCUUUGUGUACCCAGCUGGGUAGCAAAGGUAUUUUCUUGGACUCUCGAACCGAUCUUCUCAUCUGCGGAACCCACAAGCGAGAUCCGAGUGGGAAUGGGAGCAACAGUGGACAUCCAGAGACAGCAGCGGAUGGAAUUAUUAGAUCGUCAGAUCAUGAUGUCUCAGGUCGCACAGAUGCGACGGCAAAGGCAACAGCAGGGUGGGAUGAUUAACUGGAACAGACUGUUUCCUCCUUURCGUCAUAGACAUAAUGCAAAUUACCAAGAUCAUCGCCCGUCUGAUCAAGAAACACCUCCACCUACAGAGGUUUCUGAAGAGCAGGUUGCACGACUCAUGGAGAUGGGAUUUUCCAGGGGAGACGCCCUAGAAGCUCUGCGGGCCUCCAAUAAUGACUUAAACGUAGCCACCAACUUUCUGCUGCAGCACUGAGGGCUUCCGCGCGGCGGAGCUGGGCUCGGCUCAGUGGCGGGAGCCCCGGAGCCGCCUGUUCCUGCGGGGAGCGCGGGCGCCGUCCCGGUCCCGCAGGCAGCCGGGAGGACGCCGGGCGGCGGCGGCCGUGAGCGCAUCCGUGCCCGAGCCGUCACGGCCGGUGCUGUGCUCUGUCUCCCCUUUGCAGAUAACCAGGGUUUCUACUUACUACUGGAUGUCAUCUACAUUUAUUUAAAGAAAAAAAAGGUGGUUUUUUUUCCUUGUGAAUCAUUGUUAGACAUGUUGUCAGGCUUAAUGACUUGGGAAAGAAGCUACAACAGCUACAAAAAGCUACGUUUAUCUGCCAACAAAAAUCAUAUUUUCUUCAUUUACCGGUUUAAUUCCUCCAGCUUACAUGUUAUUUUUACAGUACUUGAUUUUUGGUUACAGUAAUAAGGUGUUUAAAGAUCACUUCCUUUCCGACUCAGUGCAGGGUUAUGGGAAUAUUAUGUCUUUCUUCAGAAAGCUUUAUUAAUGCCUGUAAUGUUUUAUUUCUUGAGUACCUUUUUAAAUAAAAGUUGUCAUUCAGCACAUAACACACACAUAGGAUAAGAGACRUUUUAUAUGCAUACUGCCAGCUGUGGUAAGCGGCCACUGUAAAUAUGGAUCUUACAAACUGAGUAGAUGGCCCUUCAGUUGCAGGGCAUGAAGGUCUUCACUGGAAGCAAUAAAGGUGAUUGAAUGAUACAGUGAGAUCAGAACUGAGAGCAUUUGAGUGACUUCCAUGGCUGAGUCCAACAUUUCCAUAACAUAAUUGAUGUAAGCUCAGUGUCCUAUGCGCUGCUUUCUUUUUUGGACCUGGCUACCUGCUGUCUUAUAGAAAACCAGAAAAAAAGCUAACUUUUCUAUAUAAUUCUAGUUUUCUACUGUCAAACGUGUGGAUGUCCCUGCAUUUGUUGAAUCCUCACUGUCGGAAGCAACGCUUAACUGCUGAUCACAGACUGGAAUAUUAACCUGGAGAGAGUUUUAUUCAGGCUAACACGGGAGCCGCUUGCAGGAGCCCAGCAACRAUCCCCUCACCAGGGCCCAGCUUAGCAGUCUGGCGAGGAGGGAAGAGGAAUCUCUGGAGAAUGAAGCUGAAGUGAUGGGACAUUCCAGACUGCAACCCCCUGACGAAAUGGAUCUGCCCCUUAAGCCUUUCAUGUAUGUUUGUGUCCCUGUCCCUUAGUGUGUGUAGUGGGCUCUCCGYGUCCGUGCACACACACACACGUGCUUCCUGCACGCGGACACUGAGAGCACCGUGUGAGUCGGUGAGGAGCGAAGGCAGCGGCGGGUGCUGAAGAAGGAAGGUGGUGUAAGAGUGCCAGAGCAGAGAAGAAUGUUUUGGAGAUCCAAAUCACCAAAGUACCUGUUUGUGCAGUCUUACUGUGGUCUGGAAGAUGAACCKGGAAAUUACAGGACAGGGAGAUCUGGGGUGGGAUAGAUUGGCUGGUGAAAAUGGAAGAAAUUUUUCAGGUGGACUCGCAUCCUCCCCCAGAAACGGCAUCAGAUGCUGUCAUCUGCAGGCACAUGACAUCCCUUGAUCGUGAAAUCAGUGUACUGUGGGUUUGCUUUAAUAUUUCCUGGUAAGCGAAUAGCAGAAACUGCUUGGGAUGAGUGUGUGUGUCCCUGGGCUUUGAGCAGCCUGCUCCUGGUUCGGCCUGCUCCCGGGUAGUGUUGUGGAGGCAGGGUCUGCUUUGGGAGGGCAACGUUUUGCUCCUGGGAGGCCGAGUAGCGCUUCUUCUGUGCGAGUCAGGGGCAUUUCUGUUCCUGCACAGCUCUGGAAACUGGUUGGCAUAGGAAGGACUAAUGUAAGAAUCUCUUCUAAAGGAAAAACCCAGGAGUUUGUAUGUGCAAAUCAGCUCAAUGUUCUGAAACAGCUCCAGAUUCUGCUUUGGAAAUUUGCAGACUGUUCCUGCACUACUCCUUUAUAACAGGUGACUAUGAAGG